UGUCGUGGUGCAUGGCGGCCUGGUGUGUUUGUGAUCGGCUUCGGUGAAUUUCCACUGUUCAGGACAUCGCAUUUAUGUGGCUGACUUCGCACGUUCCUGCAUUACCCACUUUGAGCUGUUAAAACAGCGCAUCUCAGCGUCAUUCGUGUUCUCAACGUUGGGAACCAUGCUGUGCUUGUGCAGGCUGUCAUUGGCGGUCAUGCCUGUUCGUGUCGGUGUCCGUGAAGCCAGCAACAUGUCAUUCAUUAGCCGUGUGAAGCGGGCGACUUAUGUACGACAAUACCCAACAGUGCUCGUGCAGCCGGAUGGCUCAACUAUCACUGUGCGCUACCACGAACCCCGCAGCCUCAUCAAGUUGCCAUUGAAGUUUGAAGAGUUGACACCAGAGGAGCAGCAGCUCGUGCUUGUCAAGAGGAAACCUCCAGAGGUUGUUGUCAUCCAGGAAGAAUUGGAGGACAACUUUGACAGCCAACGAUACCUCAAGUUCAUCAAAAAGAAGAAGUAGCUAGUCGUAUGUCUAUGCUAGGUCUACAUCAUGUUUUAAAAGAAGCUGUUAGUAGCGAGAUGUCAUCUGUGGCAUUGGAGACUGGUCUGGCAGUACCAGGCACCGUGUAUUGGUGAGUGUGAGUGGCAUUAAAAGUGUUUACCAUUGUUGA